UAUAUUAUAUGAAGGCCUACUGCCGCGUGCAGGCUUUGCCAUCAUUGCAAGAAAUUGCAGGAUAGAGAGAGAGAGAGAGGGGUUGGGAGCCCUCGCUUUUUGCUGUAGAAGUUGGGGUUUUCUUUUCUCUUCAUUUUCCUUGAUCUAAUUUACAAUUUCAGCCAUUUGGAAGAACAAUUCCCCACUGCGAUCUGUCUCGAAUAAACAUUUACAGAUUUACUUCGGGAUUUAUCUGGGCUAGAUUUGUAUCAUAAUUGUUCGCAUUUUGGUCUCUUAGAUCGGAUUUGUACGGGUUGCAGAUUCAGAGGCGUUGGAUCUCCAUUCGGCGAGGAGAAAAACGUUAAUGUUUUGCCUGAUAUUUGAUUUUUCGCCUCCUUUGGUCUUUCACAAAGAGUGAAAAUUGGCUCCGCAACGCCGCGCACAGCGCCACAUGGGUGGCCAGAUGCAACAGAGCAAUGCCGCUGCUGCUGCGGCUGCUCUGUAUGAUCACCCGGGUGGUCCGUCCCUGCACAACUCUGGCCCCGCGAGCGAUGCUGGCGAUGCGGUAAUGGCACGGUGGCUACAGUCCGCAGGGUUGCAGCAUCUGGCCUCUCCUUUGUCUUCAACUGGCAUCGAUCAACGCCUCCUUCCUAACCUCCUCAUGCAGGGUUAUGGAGCACAAUCUGCUGAAGAAAAGCAGAAGCUUUUUAAAUUAUUGAGGAAUCUCAACUUUAAUGGGGAGUCUGGUUCUGAACCAUACACACCACCUGCUCAAAGUUCAGGAUCUGCAACUGACGGUUUUUAUUCCCCUGAACUUAGAGGAGAAUUUGGUGCUGGGCUUUUGGAUCUUCAUGCUAUGGAUGAUACAGAGCUUCUUUCUGAGCAUGUUAUGUCAGAACCCUUUGAGCCAUCACCUUUCAUGCCAUCUUUUACAAGGGGGUUUGAUGACUUUGAUGGAAUUACUACCAAGCGAUCAAGAAGCCAAACAGAGACCUCAACAAGAUUGUCAACUACUGAAAAAGAGACUAGCACAAAAGAGAGCAGCUUAGCUAAGAUUAAAGUAGUGGUGCGCAAAAGACCUCUAAACAAGAAGGAAUUGUCUCGGAAGGAGGAUGAUAUUGUAACAGUAAAUGACAAUGCAUACUUGACUGUCCAUGAGCCCAAGUUAAAGGUAGACUUGACUGCAUAUGUGGAGAAGCAUGAAUUUUGUUUCGAUGCUGUUCUAGAUGAGCAUGUCACCAAUGAUGAGGUAUAUCGUGUUACAGUAGAGCCCAUUAUUCCUACUAUUUUUCAACGAACAAAAGCUACAUGUUUUGCAUAUGGUCAGACAGGCAGUGGCAAGACAUACACCAUGCAACCGCUACCACUAAGAGCAGCAGAAGACCUCGUCAGACUGUUGCAUCAGCCAACCUACCGUAAUCAGAGAUUUAAGUUGUGGCUUAGCUAUUUUGAGAUAUAUGGUGGGAAACUCUUUGAUCUGCUCAGUGAUAGAAGGAAACUUUGCAUGAGAGAAGAUGGGCGACAGCAAGUCUGUAUUGUUGGACUGCAGGAGUUUGAAGUCUCGGAUGUACAAAUUGUUAAAGAAUAUAUUGAGAGGGGAAAUGCAGCACGAAGUACAGGCUCUACUGGUGCCAAUGAAGAAUCUUCAAGAUCACAUGCUAUUUUGCAACUUGCUAUUAAGAAGCAUAGUGAGAUAAAAGAAUCAAAAAGACACAAUGAUGGAAAUGAAUCCAAGGGUGCAAAGGUUAUUGGGAAGAUCUCUUUUAUUGAUCUUGCUGGUAGUGAACGUGGUGCUGACACUACUGAUAAUGACCGACAAACAAGGAUUGAGGGAGCAGAAAUUAAUAAGAGCCUUUUGGCCCUCAAGGAGUGUAUUCGUGCUCUUGACAAUGAUCAGAUUCAUAUCCCGUUUCGUGGAAGCAAGCUCACGGAGGUUCUCCGUGAUUCGUUUGUUGGCAACUCAAGAACUGUGAUGAUUUCUUGCAUUUCUCCAAAUGCAGGGUCCUGUGAACACACACUCAAUACUUUGAGAUAUGCUGACAGGGUCAAAAGUCUCUCCAAGAGUGGGAAUGCUAAAAAAGAUCAGGUCCCAAGUUCGUUACUUGCUAGUAAGGAAUCUUCAUCAACACCAUCUUUGCCAGUGUCUGUUGAGCCAGAGGAAGGUUAUGACCAAAACCAAGAAGUGAAAGUGGUGGAUAUGGGUAGAAGGGUCGGGGAGAAGGAAAGCUCCUACAAUUCAACUUCUGAUUUUGACAGGCAGCUCUCUAGUAUGCCACCGAAUUAUCAUUUCAAUGGCAGGGAGGAAACUGGGGUAACUUCUGGUUCUCUGGAUAGGGAGAGGAUUGACACGAGAAAUACAUUUGGUGGUAGCACCAGUCAUAAAUCAUACUCUACUCAGAACACAAAUGAUACCUCCGAGGAGGAGAAAGUGCAAAAGGUGUCUCCUCCUCGUAGAAAAGUUAAGGAAGAAAGGUCAGUGAAGCAAGGAAACUGGCCUAAAAGAGAUGGCACUGUAUCCGACUUGUCAACAAACUACAAGCAGCAGAAUACAUAUGAUUCUACUGGAAGCAAUGUUGCAGCAAAACAGUGUGAAGCUGAAGCUCCUUGUCAUGAUGGAGACAUCAAUGCAAUACUUGAGGAAGAAGAAGCUCUAAUUGCAGCUCAUAGAAAAGAAAUUGAAGAUACAAUGGAGAUUGUCCGAGAAGAGAUGAGACUGUUGGCAGAAGUGGACCAACCUGGUAGUCUCAUUGACAACUAUGUUACUCAGUUGAGUUUCGUCCUUUCACGUAAAGCAGCUGGUCUGGUUAGCCUUCAAGCUCGCUUAGCAAGGUUCCAGCAUCGCCUGAAAGAACAAGAGAUACUGAGUAGGAAGAAGGUUCCCCGCUAAGUCGGUUCUGUAAGGUUCUCCACCCAAGGCCUCCUUUGCUGGUCGUCUUAUAUCAACAGUGCUUGUAAUCCCUUUUUCAUUGUGUUACUUGUUGCCAUACCACUGUUAUCAGUUGUCAGAAGGUUGUCAUAUGUACAAUUGCUACCCUUCCCCCACUUUUUUCUUCCUGGGGGAGAUGUCAUAUAAUCUGAAUUUCUGUAUUCUAAGCGAAGGGGUUAUAUUCUGGAGGUGUUAGGACUGUAUGUGGCUUCAGCGUCAUGAUGCUCAUCAAUUUGCAACAAGUAUCUGGCUUUCUGCCCUUGGAGAAACCAUGGUUGAGUUUUGGAAUGUCUUCCAAGCAGAUUGUUGUGUAAACAAAUGUCAUUUUAGUUGAGAGUUUCGUAUGUUAUUUACAUUUUGAUGGCUCCAAGGAAAAUUGGGUUGUUAUUGUUGGAAUACAAGUUAAACAGAGCAGAGACCAAAACAAAAAGUGAAUUUGCAGGAAUUUUACCGAGUUCCUAUC